CGGCCCCGCUUCCCGGACUCGCGCCGGGUCUCAGGCCCAAGCCGAAGCCCCUCCUCCACAUCCCAGCCCGAGCCCCCACGCUCCCACCGCCGACCGUCCUGCGGGGGGCGGAGUUGCAGGUGCGGCCGGGGCGUGGCCGGCGUCUCGGGGCGCCAGGUGCGCCUGCGGUGUCAAGAUGGCCGCCGCCUCUAGCGCGGCGGCUCCACUCCAGCGGGGCCACCGCCGUCUCCCGGCCGGGGCCCGGCUGCUGCGCGUCGCCCUCGGCCUCCUGUGCUGGGCCCCGGCGGCUGUGGGCGCCGUCCCCGAGCUCGGGCUCUGGACAGAGACGGUCACCAACAAAUCAGGACCUUUGGUAUUUAGAAAAACUAUGUUUAACUCUACUGAGAUCAAGUUUUCUGUUAAGUCAUUCAGUUGUUCCGGGCCUGUGAAGUUUACCAUAGAGUGGCAUUUGAAAUAUCAUACCUGUCACAAUGAAUACUCUGAGCUGGAAGAGCUGGCCCGGAAACAUGAACUCCGUGCUGAUGAAGACUUUUGUGGUGUAUAUUUCAAGAACGUUGACUGUUGGACAACAAAAAAUGAAAACUUAGAUUGCAAUAGUGAUUUACAGGUGUUCCCUUCAUUGAAUAAUAAAGAACUAACAACAAAUGUCAGAAAUGUUUCAAACCAGGAAGGAUCCAUGGAUGUUGUAGCCAGAACACAGAGAGAUGGGUUUCAUAUCUUUAUUGUAUCUAUUAAAACAGAAAAAACAGAUGCAAACUGGAAUUUGAAUGUCUCUCUUUCUAUGAUGGGACCGCAUGGGUAUAUCUCUGCGUCAGACUGGCCUCUGAUGAUUUUUUACAUGGUGAUGUGCAUUGUUUACAUAUUAUAUGGCGUGCUCUGGCUGAUGUGGUCUGCCUGUUAUUGGAAAGAUAUAUUAAGGAUCCAGUUCUGGAUUGCAGCUGUUAUUUUCCUGGGAAUGCUAGAAAAAGCUGUUUUUUACACAGAAUACCAGAACAUCAACAGCACUGGCCUGUCAACCCAGGGUUUAUUGGUGUUUGCAGAGUUGAUAUCUGCAGUUAAGAGGACCUUGGCCCGCCUGCUCGUAAUCAUCGUGAGCCUGGGCUAUGGCAUUGUGAAGCCUCGCCUAGGAGCAGUCAUGCACAGGGUGAUUGGACUGGGACUUCUCUACUUCAUCUUUGCAGCUAUUGAAGGCGUGAUGAGAGUCAUAGGGGCGAAUGACUCUGAUCUCGUCCUGCUGGCCAGCCUGCCCCUCUCUCUCCUUGACUCUGGCUUGUGCUGGUGGAUUUUUAUAAGUUUGGCGCAAACCAUGAAGACUCUGAGGCUAAGAAAGAACACAGUAAAAUUUUCAUUAUACAGACACUUUACAAACACUCUCAUCUUUGCUGUGCUGGCUUCUAUAGUGUUUAUGAUAUGGACAACGAAGACAUUUAGAAUUGCAAAAUGCCAGUCAGAUUGGAUGGAACGCUGGGUUGACGAUGCGUUUUGGAGCUUCCUUUUUUCACUUAUCCUUAUUGUAAUAAUGUUUUUGUGGAGACCAUCAGCAAAUAAUCAGAGAUAUGCCUUCAUGCCCUUAAUUGAUGACUCUGAUGAUGAAGUUGAGGAAUUCAUGGUAACAUCUGAAAAUUUAACUGAAGGAAUAAAAUUGAGAGUCUCGAAAACAGUUUCCAAUGGAACAGCUAAACCUGCUACUUCUGAUAAUUUUGAUGAAGAUUUGAAGUGGGUAGAAGAAAAUAUUCCCUCUUCAUUCACAGAUGUAGCCCUUCCGGUGUUAGUGGAUUCGGAUGAGGAAAUCAUGACCAGAUCUGAAAUGGCUGAAAAAAUGUUCUCUUCAGAAAAAAUAAUGUGAUCGGAAGCCUAGCAGCGAAGCCUGGCUACCAGUGAAGGGGCGUCUCCGGGGCGGGGCGAGAGCCCUGGGCGGACAGCACACACGCUGCGGUGGGGGCCUCUUGGAAAUCUGCGUGUGGAAGUGGAGAGUUCAGGUGGGGGGAGGGCCCUGCACCCCUCUUCAAGCCAACUUCUUGUGCAGUAAACUGUCUGGAUUCGAGAAGACUGAGAACGGCGCUGUGACAAAGCUGUCCGCACGCAUGCCUUUAGCUGACAGGCAGGCACGGGGGUAGCGGUUCCUGUGCUUUUCUCUGGAAACUAGGACAAUUCCAGAUUUUACAGAAUGUUUCUGGACCCCGCCCCCUUUUCUUCUUCUACACCUUUGCCACAGAGCGUGCGGUUCUUCUGAGGUGUUGGUUCAGUGUCUCCAUCUCUGGGGUUUCUGGUUGCCAGAUGCACUGAUGACGAUCUUGACUUUUUAUCCUGAUGAAGCAUUGGAACACAGGCAUGUUUAUAUAUUUAAUUUUACCUUUUUUUUUUUUUUUUUUUUUUUGUGGUAUGCACAAAGCCCUUGUUUGUGAAUAUCAACGUGUGCAUCCAGUUGUGGAAUAAGGUCUUCUCUGAGCUCAGGGGAACAAAAGUGCACAGGGAGAGAAGUCUUGAGGGUCACUUCCAAAGAUGUGUUCUCCGUUCUCCACUGUCCCCUCCCUCAGGCCGUGUGCACCAGUGCUGCUGCUGAUUCUGCUGGGGUCCCGAGGAGGGGGCUGGGCCACCUGGCUCCGCCGAGCACUCCUGCCCAGCCAGCCGGGAGAGUUGGUACCAGUGAAUCUUGUGGGAACUAGAACUGUAUCUUUUACCUAAUCUUGGCAUAUUCUGUUUCAUAAUAAAAAUCUAUAUUUAACUGCAAAGUACAUCACGGUUAAUUUUGUACUUGAUUUCUCAACCUGCAACCAUACUUUAUACCUUAUUUUGUUAUAUUGUAUAUUUGUAUUGUAUGAUUUGAAAUUAUGUGUUUGAAUAUCUUUUAAAACUGUAGAACAGCCUAAACUUGAAAGGCAGUUGAAUGUAUUAUGUUGAAAAUGUGAAUGUCUUACUGCUUUCAUGACCAAAGACACAGGACUGGUGGACAUUUCGAACAGGAAUGAAUGUUGGAAUCUUGGCUGUCUUGUCUUUGGAGGAGUUCUAACCUUGUGAACUGAGAAUGACUUCAGAGAAGUUUGAUGGAGAAAACAUUAAAAUCCUCACCAGUACAAACACUUAAAUAUAACCUCUAACUUUUUUCACUGUGAAGCCACAAAAUAUUUUUUCAAAAGCUUCCUUCUUUUAAAAGCUUACUUCUUAAAAUUUAUUUAUUUUUAUUUGAAAGAGAGAGAGAUUAUAAGAUACACAGAGAGACAGCUCAUCUACUGGUUCACAACCCCAAAUGCCUGUCACAGCUAGGUCUGGGCCAAGCUGAAGCCAGGGUCUCCCACGUGUGUGGCAGGGACCCAAAUACCUGAGCCAUCCCUUUCCGCCUCCCAGGGUGCACACUAUCAGGAAGGUGGGACUGGGAAUGGAGCCAGGACUUGAACCCAGGCUCUCCAGCAUAGGACACAGGCAGCCCAAGCACCGUGUUUACCGUUGCACCAAACGCCAUGCCUGACUUCAUUUCUUAAAUGGUUUACUUAUUUGAGGGAUUAGUACGACUUAUCGCCGGUAAUAAUGUCUCUGAAAGAUAUCUGCAGAUGUGUUUUCCGUAGUGAGUGUUUGGAAAGUAAGCAGCAUAGACAGAUGCUGGGGACGUCAUGGUGUUCAGAGUGUCGUUGCUUGGGGACGGUCUCCUCCACAGGAAGAGAGAGAUUUCGCAGUGCUGGAUUCCGUUCCCUAUCUCAGUGCGGACGCCGUGGGCUCCCACCCACCCCCUCCCCAGCCUGUGUGUCCUGCCCGGCUUGGCUUGUGUUCCGCCUCAGCGCGGGCGCUAGAGCUGGAGUGACAUCUGCCUUCUUCCCAACAUUAAUAUCCAGUCUCUCCCCCUCCCCAGUUUCGUGGGAUGUUGACACUCCCCCCACACCCCCCACACCCCCGGGCCAACUCUGCAACGGCUUUAGUUGAAUUUUGAGAAAAAAGUUCUGGGCUUGCAGCCAGCAGGAGCUGCAAUUUAUUGGGGAAUUGUUAAGUCAGUAUGAAAACGGCCUUUGACAUAACCUCAGUAGUGUUAUAAAAACGCUUCUUCCUACCACUGGAAAGAUAAAUGAAGCCACCUGCCAUGGCCCAGCUGCCCCUAGACAAAGCAGGAAUCGCGCCUAACCACCUCAUGGGCGACGUCUAGAGGCGCACGAGCAGUGCUUCCUACAUCCAGCACUGUAUUGGUGCUGGAUGGCUUGACUUGAGGGUUCCGGUGCUGGGCUUUCUCAUCCCCCUCCCCCGUAGGAAUGGCUGGUUUGUCAGAGUUCACGUGGAGGACGCUGGGGAGAGGUUGCAGCUCCCCAUCCUUGCUUCUGCAGGGAGUACGAAGCUGGCCUCAUGGCCUUGGGGGCACUCCGAUCUUAAUUUUUCAGAUCCCGGCAGGAUGGGUAUCCCUACUAACGAAGCGCUCAGCGAAAUGCCUCAGAGCUCUUGUUAUGCAAUUCAGGUUAGACUUGUGUGCAAUUUGCCUAAAAGGGAAUUUUCAGGAAUUGAGUUAGAUUCUAGUAUUCAAAUACCUGCUUUCAAGGAUAGUUUAUUUCAAACAUAAGGGGGAAAAAAUAGGUGACUAUGUGAAUUUUUGUAAGCCUGAGAGAUCAGAUCUACAUAGUUAUUUUGCGUCUGUUGAUGAGAAUACAACCUCUCCCCCUAGUAUCACAUACUGUUUGCACUAUCACAGUGUCAAGACUUCAAGUAUAAAAGUGUACACGUAGGGUAGAUGCUGACAUCAUUUUUUUGAACGAAAGAUUGAGUCUGUUCCAGUAGAUUAGAUAUGAAUACAGUUGGCCGAUGUUAUGCUUCAUUUAUAAAUCACUAGUUCUGGAACUUGUGUCUUUAUGUGAUCAAUAGCAUCCAAUAAGCAAUACAAAACACCAAGCCUAUAAGAAAGAAAUCUAACAUUGGUGAAGUUCUGAAGGUAUUGAAUGUAUUGAAGUAGCGUAACCAUAAAUUUUGAAGGAAGUGUAUAUUACAAAAAAGGUUAAUACUGCAUUAAGAAACAUUUAGAACUAGGAAAACAUUUGUUUAUUUGAGAAUAGUUUAAAAUAUUUUUUUAUUUAAAAUUAACUUGGCAGACAUUUCUUUGAAUGUAGGAAAUACAGUUUGAAGGAUUUUUGUUUGAA